ACAUACUGGUACUUGUACCAGUAUUGUUUGAUUAUGUUAUGAAACUUCACUGAAUUGUUAGUUGUUACUAGUACAAUUUAUUAAAUCUUACAAUUUCAAUUGUAAUGCAUAAAUAAAGAAAAUCAAGAGAUGAUAUCUGUUGCCAUAUCUUCUGCACUUGUUGCUGCUGCUCCACCCAGUAACCCAAACCCAGCUAAACGCUUAGAUAAAUGCUCGUCCAUGGCAGAAUUGAAGCAACUUCACUCCCAAAUCAUCCGUCUUGGCCUUUCAUCUGACAACGAUGUAAUGGGUAGAGCUAUCAAGUUUUGUGCUUUGUCGAAAUCUGGUGAUUUGGUUUAUGCCCACCAACUGUUUGAUAAAAUGCCCCAACCAGAUGCUUUUAUAUACAACACCUUAAUCAGGGGUUAUUUGCAAUGUUAUUUGGCUAGGGAAUGCUUGAUUUUGUACUUGCGAAUGUUGCAGGACUCUGUUUUUCCUAACAACUUUACAUUCCCUUCUCUUGUUAGAGCUUGUUGCAUUGAUAAUUGGGUUGUAGAAGGCAAGCAAAUUCAUGCCCAUGUUGUCAAGUUUGGGUUUUUGAAUGAUGGGUUUUCACAGAACAAUUUGCUUUAUAUGUAUGUGAGUUUUGGGUUAUUAGAGGAAGCUCGUCGGGUUUUUGAUAAGAUGCCACGAAGAGAUGUUGUCUCGUGGACUACCUUGAUUAGUGGGUACUCACAAUUGGGUCUUGUAAAUGAUGCUUAUGAUGUGUUUAGGUCAAUGCCUAAUAGAAAUUCAGCUACUUGGAAUGCAAUGAUAGCUGCAUAUGUGCAGCAUAAUCGUUUCCACGAGGCGUUUGCUUUGUUCAAUGAAAUGAGGACCGAAAAUGUAGAAUUAGAUAGGUAUGUAAUAGCUAGUAUGCUGUCUGCUUGUACAAAGCUAGGAGCUCUGGAGCAAGGAGAGUGGAUUCAUGGAUAUAUCAAGAAGAAUGACAUAAAGAUGGAUACAAAACUUGCAACGACAAUUAUCGACAUGUACUGCAAGUGUGGGUGCCUGGAAAAGGCUUUUGAAGUUUUCAAUGAGCUGCCUUCAAAGGGGAUUUCUACAUGGAACUGUAUGAUUGGUGGUUUUGCAAUGCAUGGAAGAGGAGAAGUAGCUAUAGAGAUUUUCAAGGCUAUGGAGAGGGAAGCAGCUGCUCCUGAUAACAUCACUUUCUUGAACGUUCUCAGUGCUUGUGCUCAUUCGGGAUUGGUUGAAACAGGACGCCAUUACUUCAAGCAUAUGACUGAAGUUCAUGGACUCGAACCAAGAAUGGAGCACUAUGGUUGCAUGGUUGAUUUAUUUGGUAGAGCAGGAUUGCUGGAGGAGGCCAGAAAGCUUGUUGAAGAAGAGAUGCCCAUGGAAGCUGAUGCUGGGGUGUUGGGUGCCCUUGUUGGAGCUUGUAAGAUCCAUGGAAACUUCGAGCUAGGAGAGAAAUUUGGGAAGAGAUUGAUUGAACUAGAUCCUAAUAACAGUGGUCGAUAUGUUCUAUUAGCCAACCUCUAUGCAACUGCAGGCAAAUGGGAUGAUGUUGCUAAGAUCAGGAGGUUAAUGAAUGAUAGGGGGGUGAAAAAGGCUCCAGGUUUUUCAGUGAUCGAAAUGGAAGGCAUGGUCAGCGAAUUUAUUGCAGGGGGAAGGGCUCACCCUGAAAGCAGGGAGAUAUACUCUAAACUUGAUGAAGUGCUUGAGAGAAUAAAAAGCCUAGGUUAUGUGCCUGACACGGAUGGAGUAUUGCAAGAUAUUGAUGAAGAGGAAAAGGAGAACCCUUUAAAUCAUCAUAGUGAAAAGCUUGCCAUAGCAUUUGGGCUACUGAAGACUAAACCAGGGCAAACCAUUCGCAUCACCAAGAACUUGAGAGUUUGUAGAGAUUGUCACCAAGCAAGUAAACUCAUUUCCAAGGCUUUUGAUCGCGAAAUUAUUGUGAGGGAUAGGAAUCGUUUUCACCAUUUCAAGAAUGGUGAAUGUUCUUGCAAUGAAUUCUGCUAUUGGAUAGGCCAAGUACUUUAUAUAUGGAACGACUGGUCAGUGGGCAAGGAAAGCCUCAACUGCGCCAAAGAAUCCUACUUCUUUCAGUCAGGCAGGUAAACUCUCAUCAGAAAAGGAUGUUCCCGCAGUAGCUUUUUUUGUUGAGUUUACCAUCACUAUUACGAGACUUGUGUAGAUGCCUUAUAUGAUUAUACUUGCGUGGAUUGGAGGAUUGGGAACAGAAGGUGGUCUUAAGAAUUCAUUGUGAACAUCUAAUAUAUCUAACAGUUGUGCUGUAUCGAUAUUAAAAUUCAGAACACAGAGCUUGAGUGCUAGCAGAUUAAGCUUCAGAUAUGUGAUAAUGCUGGUCAAGAAUCCAUCAUAACAGGAGUAAUUUUUCUUUAUGCCUA